AUGAGAGCGGAGGAGCCCCCGGCGCCGGCGGCUCCGAGAGGCCAAGGGGCCCCGGGGGAGGAGGGGGAGCCGCCGGCGCCGUCGCCGCCGCCCUCGCCGCCCUCGCCGCCGGACGGGGCGGACCCCCGGGACCCCGGCGGCGGUUGCUGCUGCAGCAGCGAACGGCUCAUCAUCAACAUCUCCGGGCUGCGCUUCGAGACGCAGCUGGGCACCCUGGGCCUCUUCCCGGACACCCUGCUGGGCGACCCCGGCCGCCGGGUCCGCUACUUCGACCCCCUGCGCAACGAGUACUUCUUCGACCGCAACCGGCCCAGCUUCGACGCCAUCCUCUACUACUACCAGUCGGGCGGGCGGCUGCGUAGGCCGGCCAGCGUGCCCCUGGACGUCUUCCUGGAGGAGAUCCGCUUCUACCAGCUGGGCGAGGAAGCCCUGGAGGCCUUCCGGGAGGAGGAGGGCUGCCUCCCCGAGGCCGGCGACGAGGACAAGGCGCUGCCGGCCCGGCCGCUCCAGCGCCGGGUGUGGCUGCUGUUCGAGUACCCGGAGAGCUCGGGGCCGGCCCGCGGCAUCGCCAUCGUGUCCGUCCUGGUCAUCCUCAUCUCCAUCGUCGUCUUCUGCCUGGAGACGCUGCCCCAGUUCCGGCCGGACCCCCGGGGCGGGGUGACCCGCGGAGGGCGGCCCGCGGCCCGGGGCGGCCCGGAGGACGAGGAGGACGAGGAGGAGCUGGACGCGCUGCUCCGGCUGCUGAGCGACCCCGGGCCGCCGCCGCCGUCGCACGUCCCGGAGCCCAGCUCCUUCUUUGCCGACCCCUUCUUCCUGGUGGAGACGCUGUGCAUCGUCUGGUUCAGCUUCGAGCUGCUCGUGCGCUUCUCCGCCUGCCCCAGCAAGGCCCAUUUCUCCCGCAACGUCAUGAACGUCAUCGACGUGGUGGCCAUCUUCCCCUACUUCAUCACGCUGGGCACCGAGCUGGGCCAGCCGCCGCCGGCGAGGCCUCAGUCGUCGGGGGGAGGCCCCAAUGGGCAGCCGCAGCAGGCCAUGUCUCUGGCCAUCCUGCGGGUCAUCCGCCUGGUCCGGGUCUUCCGCAUCUUCAAACUGUCGCGCCACUCCAAAGGCCUGCAGAUCCUGGGCCAGACCCUCAAGGCGAGCAUGCGCGAGCUCGGCCUGCUCAUCUUCUUCCUGUUCAUCGGCGUCAUCCUCUUCUCCAGCGCCGUCUACUUCGCCGAGGCGGACGACCGGGACUCCCACUUCUCCAGCAUCCCCGACGCCUUCUGGUGGGCCGUGGUCACCAUGACGACGGUGGGCUACGGCGACAUGUACCCCCUGACGGUGGGCGGCAAGAUCGUGGGCUCGCUGUGCGCCAUCGCCGGGGUCCUCACCAUCGCCCUGCCGGUGCCCGUCAUCGUCUCCAACUUCAACUACUUCUACCAUCGCGAGACGGAGUUGGAGGAGCAGGGCCAGUACACGCACGUCACCUGCGGCCAGCCCCCGCCGGACCUCAAGGCCGUGGAUGGCGCCGCGGGCCGGGGCGACUUCCCCGACGCCGUCCGGGGCCGCCGGGCCAGCAGCCUCGCCGAGAAGCGGCUCACGGAAGUCUGAUGGGCCGAUUCGCAGCCUGUGGGGUCGAGGGGGGGGGGAUGGGACGCUGAAAGAGGCGAUCCCCAUCUCUCCCCCACACAGUCCCCACCAGAUCCAAGCUCAGCCCCCCAGUCCCCCAUCCCCGAGGCCCUCCGGGCCCACUACGGACCGCCAUCUGCCUCAACAUCCACGUCCCAUGAUGGCACCUCCAGAGCCAGAGGUCUCGUGGAAACCGGAGAGAGUGGCUACCUCCCUGCCUGGGCCCCGACCCAGGACCCUCAGAGGGGCAGUCCCCAGACCCCUUCAGAGCUUCACUGUUUUCCCCUUCCGAGCCCACCUGGGCCUCCCCAGGGAUGGAUGGAUAGAGAGGUGAGGGGCGGGGCGAGCCCUUGAGUCGUCUAUGCAAGCGGGUCUGGCAAGGGAGAAGCCUCGUCAACCUCCCACGGCCCAGUGGGCGAGAGGCUGGUCCCACUCCCGGGUGGGAGGGGACCACGGUUCUUCCAAGACAACCCUGCCGAGCCCCCUCCCCUCCUCACUACAGCCAAAUCCUCCUUUACCAAGUGCCUUUGCACACCCGGAGGAGGUCAGGAGCGACGGAGAGAAGCAGCAGGACCCGGCAGAACUAGCACGUCCUCCGGUUGUCCAUGUCCCCCCAAACCGUCCCCAAUCCCCGGCUCGGACCCACCCUGCAGGGUCGGCUCGACCUUUCCGACGAAGGUUACCCAAGCCCCGUCUAGACUGGCUGCCGGGACCCCGCGCCGGGCGUGGAAGAAAGAGGGAGCCGUCUAGAGGGGCGCCUCCCGGGUCCUUGGCCAGCUUGCAAGCCCUGAGGAAGGAGCAGCCGACCGACGGGCAGAUGGACGGACACCCAGCCCACUGAAGAUCCUGCUGGACAGAGAGGGUGGGAGGAAACGUGGCCCUCUGCAAGACCAGCAGUCACCUAGGGGCAACCCAGCCACUGACCCAAGGGGCAGAGGGCAGGCAGUCUGGGGCAGGCGGAUGCUGGCCACGUGUUUCGGUGUGGAUGGUAAAGCCCCAGUGCUCCCAGGCUGCCGUCCCAGAAGACAAAUGUUCCCAAACUGGGACUGACCCAGCAGAACCAGCCAGCUGGCCUUGGGCUCACCCCCAGCGGCUCUUGCUCAGUGGGAGUUGCAAGGCUUUCUGGAACUUGAAGGUUGGCACUCUGGAGCGGGUGCAUUUUUGGGCCCCUCAGCUGGGACUUGCAGUCUGGGUGCUGCAGUUACCCCCUCCUCCCCACCUAACCCGGCUGUCCGUCAUCAAGAGGGACGGGCCUGGAGGGUGGGAUCGGGAACCGCUGUCCUCACUGUGGUCAGCGCUCAGUGGAGAAGCCCUCGGCUAACCUCACUUUGGGGGCACAGUGUCUGGGAGAAGCCGGCAUUCUGGGGACCUCCUAGGGCCUCAGGCAUCUGUUCAGCCUCCAACCCUUCUGCUCCCGCUAUCUGAUGCUUCUUGGCCAGGUUCCUCUGUUGUCCUCAAUUACCAUUACCCUCCUGGCCUUGGCCUUAGCCCUGUUGGUUAUCUGCUUUCCCCUGCUUUCCUCCUUUCCUAUCUCCCAUCUUUCUUCCCUGUCUCUUUCCCACUGUCUCGCCCCCUGCCCAGAGGACUUCUACAGGUCAGUGGUCAAUCUUCCCCACCCCCAGGCCUGACCCCUCACCCUGCUGCCUGUCUACCUCCCCUCCAGAGAGGCCUCAGAAGAGCUCCCAGUCAGCCUGCCUAGAGGUAGGGCUAGGCUCAGCAAGAGCUAUUUUAUUUACAACCUUAUUGUAAUGAGCUUAUGCCACUUGCUGACUGCCACAUCAGGAGCUCGAUGGUCACACCAUAGGGACCACAGAAAAUGAAAACGGUGCCAGGAGAGCAAAGUACCUGUUCAGGUACUUACUGACCCUAUGGGAAAGUGAAAAGAGUGAAAACAAGACCAGGCAUCCCCCAAUCGUCACUUCCCUACGACUUCUGCUUCCAUGUGCUUCCUUCCUCCUGCGGCAGAGAUCAGUUUACUAGGUUAUCUGAAUUGUGUAUCUACUGUCUAUUUAUCUGUUUAUUUAUUUAUUGGUCUGUUUAUUUAUUUGGUACCUUUAAGCGUUUCCUGGGUCUCAAGCACCACACUAGGGCCAAGUAGCUAUGAGUCGCUGAAAAAUGACACCACUCUGGGGAAACGGGAGCACAACCCUGGGAUGAUUAUCUCCAAAGUCAGCAUGUCGACAACCCUUCCCUAGUCCGGUGAGAGUGGAAGCUCCUCGUGGGCAGGGAACUUGUCACUUUGUUAUUCUGUACUUCCCAAGCGCCUAGCACAGUGCACCACACCAAGCGGCACCUAAUAAAUGCUAUUACUACUACAGAAAGUGUCUGAAGCCAGUAAUAACGAGGCAAAUGUCAUUAUGCAGGUAAUGGCCAUGCGUCUUGUUUUAAGCAGUACAGUGCGUUUUCUACUGGCCUGUCCCAAGUCGGUGCCUUUGUGACCCAUCUUAAUUUUUAGCGUCCAAAGCUGCAAGGCGCUUGGGUGUCCCGAACUCCGCAUUUUCCCAACCAAACCGUUCCGGUGUGUGGGAGGGGGAAGCCUCCCAAAUGAUAGUUAGCGAGGACCCUUUGGGGCCCCAGCCGAACAGACCCGGAGCCCUGGUUCUAGUGGCUCC